GAGAGGCGGCAGCGGCGGCGGGAGGAGCGCGGCUCGGCCGGGGGCGGCCUGGACGCUGCAGUUGCGGCGGCGGCCGGUGAGCGGGGUGGCGAGGCUGGGCCGGGCCUGGGCUGGCGACGGGCAGCGCCCGCAUCCGCUCGACUCGGACCGGUGGCGGUGGCGGCGGCGAUUGUUCAAUGCGCUGAUCCAAGUUCUGCACCAUAAUGGAGGAAAAUUUGCAAUGAAUCAAUAUGAAUUAACAAAACAAUUCCACUGAAGAAUGAAUCUUGAAGACAAACUCAAUCGAAUCUUUCUUAAAUGCAGCAGUAUAAAUGAAAUGCAGUCUUCCAGACCGCAGGUUGUGGUGGGCAGCAUUUCUGGUCAGUCUUCUGUACAUAUUGAAGCACAGGAAACCGUGUUAGAAGAGAGGGAGAUCUCUCAUGAAGAAAUUCUCCACCAAGAAACUGUUUUACAGCAAAGUGCCCUCCCACAGGAAGAACUAAUUUCACACGAUGAGCUAAUGAUCCACGAAGAGACAGUGAAAAAUGAUGAUGAACACGAUGGCCAUGAAAGGCUCCCUCAGGAGUUAACGUAUGAGCUAAAUUACCACUUUGUCGUUGCAAAGGUAAAUGUAAAGCAGGAAGUCCAGUACGCUGACGAAGGUGACCAGCUGAGGAAGGAUAAAGUGCAACUACAAGAACCUAUAGAUUUGCAAAAGAAAAAGAAAAGGAAGCAGCGAUCUCCUUCCAAGAUUCUAACAAUAAAUGAAGAUGGAUCAUUAGGACUUAAAUGCCUGAAAUCUCAUAUCUGUGAGCACUGCAAUGCUGCUUUCCGUACCAACUAUCAUUUACAAAGGCAUGUCUUCAUUCAUACAGGUGAAAAGCCGUAUCAGUGCACUCAGUGUAGCAUGCGUUUUAUUCAGAAGUAUUUGCUGCAAAGACACGAGAAGAUUCAUACUGGUGAAAAACCUUUUCAAUGCGAUGAAUGUGACAUGAGGUUUAUACAGAAAUACCACAUGGAGAGGCAUAAGCGGACUCACAGUGGGGAGAAACCAUAUCAGUGUGAAUACUGCCACCAGUAUUUCUCCAGAACUGACCGUGUAUUGAAGCAUAAACGGAUGUGCCAUGAAAACAGAGAUAAAAAACUGCUGUGUGCUUUGAAGAUGAGUGACAUGGGAGGAAUGGAUGACCCAAACACCCUUUUGCAACACAAAGAGAAUCCAAUACCACGGAAAAGGAAGCAGAAGGCGGGAGAGAAAUUGAGAUCCAUUGAUCCUCUCGCGGAGAAGGUGUGCACCUUGGAAAAGCUUGGCCAGAAAAAAGAUGAAAAUGAGAAUGAUUAUCCAUCGCUCUACAGCAUUGCCUCCAAAGUGAAAGACGAAUACAUGGUGACUGAAUACUCUGUUGAGAUACCCCAUUCUUCCAGCAGUGGCAAUCCUUUGGAAUGUGCUUCAGGAGAUAUCCACCCUCCAAAAUUGGUCAUCAAAAAAGUGAGCAGUAAAAGGAGUCAGAAACUCCAGCUGGAACCAAGCCAGUCAAUGACUGCUUUAUCCACUUAUGAAGAAAAUAAAGUAACUAAGUACACCUAUGAAUUCAUUGGUAAGCCAGGUAUGCUAGAUUCUGAAGGCAGCCAUGACAUUGAUCAUGUUGAUUCCUUACAGGAAGUUCCCAGCAAACCAGUGCAUAGCAGUAACAACUAUGAUGAUGCCAUGCAGUUUCUGAAGAAGAAGCGUUAUCUGCAGGCAGCCAGCAACACCAGCAGAGAGUAUGCCCUGAAUGUGGGCCAGAUAGCAUCGCAGCCGUCUGUGACCCAAGCUGCCGUGGCCAGUGUCAUUGAUGAAAGUACUGCCGCAUCAAUGUUGGACUCUCAGUCCAUGAAUGUUGACAUAAAGAACAGUCAAGACAAGAGUGGGAUCCCGGAUGAGGUGCUGCAGACUCUUCUCGAGCAUUAUUCUCACAAGGCGAACGGGCAACAUGAAAUGUCUUUUAAUGUUGCUGAUACGGAAGUGGCCUCAAGUAUGUCGAUUAACGCUUCAGAUGUAGCUGCGGUUUCCCAGCCCGAGAGAGUUGGUGCAAGUUCCCAAUCAGCCUCUUCGGACAAAGCCAGUAUGCUUCACGAAUAUUCAAAAUUUCUCCAGCAGGCUUUGGAAAGAACGAGCCAGAAUGAUGCAUAUUUACCCAGCGCAAGCCUUUCUUUUGGAACUGAAACCGCAAACUUAAGUCAACCAUUGUUCUCUUCCGUGGCCUCAAUGACUAUGCAGCGGGGCUUUCGAUCGGGCAUGAAUUCACCUCUGCGACCUUCUUCUGAGAAGUCCCACUUCGGUUUGAUGGUUGGUGAGUCGCAGCACUCCUUUUCUUUUUCAAAUGAAGAGGCGAAUCACAAUUCUGUCUCCGCACAAGAGUUCCUGGAGCAAAUGACUUCUCAGAAGAAGGUGGACGCACAGCCAGUCCAUCAGGCCUACCAGAUAGGCACAUUUGAGCAGACAUUCAGAUCUCAGUUCCAGAACACAAGGUCAGGUAUAACUCCCCCAUAUACGGCUGCCAAUGGACAGGUAAACCUGAGGGUGCGGGGGACUAGUGCUGAGUUUUCCGAGUUCCCAUUAGUGAGCGUCGCAGAGGGAAGAACCCAAAUGACUACGUCACCAGAUACCACAGCUAGACAAGCCUUCGGAUAGCAGGAACCUCUGAUCUCUGUUUCAAGACAAAAUGGGGUAGCACUUCAAAUGGACGAUUGUUGUAUUAUGCGCUGCUCUGUAUAGGAUGGAGUGCUGUAUAAUCAGUAGUUAAUGCAGUUUUGGUUCAGUUUCAUAUAGAAGCCUCAACACCAAAACUCUAUGUGCUGCUGUGCAUUGUAGUUACAGCAUUUCCUUUGCAUAUUUCAGCCAUGCACAGCAUGUCGCAGGUUCUUGUGUUGUGGCAGGGCUUAAAUGUUGUUCACCACUGAUGCUUCUGCCAUGCCUCAUCUUGUAACAUGCCCCAAAAUAUUUAGGCACUUUUUAAAUGGAAAAAAAAAAUCAGUCACUUCUACAUUUAGGGUAAAACCGAACUAAUAAAUUAGUUUAUUUUGAUUUUCUUUAAAAUUAUGCACUUUUCUAUUCAGAUUUACUAAGAUUAUAAACAAAACUAACAUUUUUUCCAGUUUGUAUGCAGGAGAAUAGAAAUAAUUGGGUCAUAAUUUUUAUCUAACUCACAAUAAGGAAGCCCACAGAUUUGAUGAGUGGGAGAAGAAUGAUGUUCAACAAUUGAACAUCCUAUUUAUACCAUGAGUUUAAAAAAAAUUAAAUUUUAUUUAUUUUAGACAAGAAUAUGGGAAUUUUUGGUUCCUUGAACCGUUCACAGUACGACAAGUGUUUUUAAUAUUUCCCUCCUUGUGUGAUGCAGAUUUUGGCUCCAAGAUAUGGGGCUGCCUUUUAAAAAAUUUAGUUUAUAUCCCUAUUUUUGUAUGUUUAGUAUAUAAAACAUUGUUUCCUUGGAGAAAAUUUACCUGUUAAUUUAUAUUGCAAUACCUACCCGUUUUAUUGUAUACCUUGUCUGCAUUAAAAAAAUUCAAAAUUAUAUAAUGCAACAGGUAAAUCGUACCACAAAUAAUGUUACGUUCUGUUCCCCCUUUUUGUCAGUGAUUUUGUACAUUGUGGUAUGCUUUGUUUUUAUAGUUCACACUUCUACUUUUGAAUCAGCUGAUUAAGAAUCUGUCUUGCAUAUGAUUAGUAAACUGUCAUCUAAUUUGGAUCAAUAUUUGUCGUCAUUUUCAUUUUCAGGCAGUAACCAUUCCUUGUAACCAAUUUACUGUAAGGCUUUGGCUUGGCAAUUGUCCACAAUUCCAGUGACUUAAUGGGUUGAAGUAACUGUUCCAAUAAAAUGUCAUACCAGAUACUUCCAUAAAUAUAUACGAGAAAAAAUUGACCUGUGGUUUUGUGGAUAAAGCUUGUCUGGUUUGAGAUGGCUGGCAUUGGUUGACUGAGAUUUGUAUGAUUUGGAUUUCUGAUUGGUCAGUUCCCUCCUCAUUCUGUGAUUUGCUUUAGGAAUGUUUCAGCCAAAGAUGUAAAUUUCAUAUUUUUAUAUUUAUAUCAUCUUUGUGGCAUUCGAAACAUUCUAAUAAUUACUAAUGGGAGUUGAGGUUGGGGUGCAGGGAUUACAAUAAGGUGAAAAUAAUGAUCAGACAAACUCUUAUGCAUUUCUAGCUUUGCAAUUUACCAGAGUUGGCCUGUGCAACUCACUGCACGCGUGUCGCUUAUUAAAGUACAAAUGCAAAGUCUUUAUGGCCUUGUGUAGUUUAAGGCACUGGGUAGAUGUAGUGUAAUGAGCUGGUGAUGUGUCGUGAUACCCUUCAGGAAUGCACAUCUGUGUUUUAGCUAUUGUCUGGCAUCAUCUUUUCCCAACACUGAAUUCAAAAUCUUUCUGUAGGGAAAUGCCAUUCAAGUAUUAACAUCCCAACUUUUAACAUUGUCAACUAUCCAAAGAAACAACGUGCUGUUUGGUAGAGAAAGCCUCCUUUUGUUUAUAGCAAUGGAAAAAAAACAUACCUAUAAGAUGAUAAUUUAAAGUGAAAUAUCAAAUUCAAAGUUCUCAAGAUGUUGUGCUCCUGAUCCUCGGUAUAUCUGGCCCCAGGCAGACUGAGAUGUACUCCUUUGCAAUUUUCCAGUUCUCUGCCAGACCAGUUUGAAAAACUUGAGUUAUAAGCGACUGGUUAAAGAUGUUUUUUUGACAGGAUGUAGAACACAGGACCAAAUAAAAGGAUGGUUGGUAGUUGAAUAAAAUCAGAGUACAUCAAAGAGCCAACAGUUCAAGUCUAGAGAAAUUAAGUGAGUACAUGCUUUGCUUUCUCAACUCCUGAUAUCUUGGGGCAGUUUACAAUGUAGCUGCUACUCAAGGCUGCCUGUGUGUACCUUGUUGCUCAUGAACUUCCUCUUGCACUGAAAUGAGCACCGAUACUUUAACUCGUUCUGUAAAUGUUUAAACUCACGCCAGCACUACCAGCUGUAACUAAGAAAGCAUUUCACAUUUGUCAAAUGGAAGGAUCUGCAGUCCCCAUGUCAAUCAUGCUUGAUUGCUUUUAUUCGUUGAUAGUAACCCUAAACGGAACUGCUUUUUCCCAUAUCUGGGGAUACUCAAAACAAAAUGUCUAAUGAGUUGAUGAGGUGUGCAAUGUCCUUUUUGAAAAUCAUUAAAACGUGCACUUUUAAAAUGCUUUCCUUUGAAGGUGUGAGAUGUACAUCUAUUAUCAAACUGAAAUCCAGAAUGUUUUAUUGUAUUGAGGUUAUUUUGUGUCAUUACAUUUAAUACCUUCUACAAGCGCAGGUAAUGUUUGAUUGCGGCCAGUGUAUAAAUGCGGAUUCUUUACGCAUGGUUGAUGGUGAUCUGUACUUGUGAUGGCUUUGGUUCUUUUCAAAUACCUAAUUGUAUUUACCUAAUACCUUGAGUGAUUACAAACAUGGUUUUGCUUGGUUUACACUUUUACGAUUCUUUUAAUUGAAACAAAUUCAUUCCAAGAAUGUAAAAUUGUAUUUAGUGCUUUAGAAUCUUUGCAUGUAUUUCUUUUAAUGUGCCCAUUAUUUGCUACAUUUCAUCACGCAAUACUUUGGCAUGAGAUGUCAACCUUUUAGAUCUGUGUCAGAGAAGAAAGGGAAGAACCACCCCAAAAAUGGAUUGAAAAUAUAACGCACUUGAGGAAAUAUUCUUUUCCCGGGAUAAUUGCAGAGGCAUUUUAUUUUUUUGUUGAGAGGAGGAGGGGAGGGGGGGUGGGGGGCAUUUUAAAUAUUGAAAAAGGUGGUGUUGAAGAUUUCUGUUGUAAUGAGAGCUCAGCAUACAAUUCAGAUUCAUAGCUUUAUGUAAAUAAAUGUUUAGGCAAAAUGGUCAAACUAUACUAAUCAGUGAGGGAUUGAAACUGCAUAUCUAUACAGAGCAGCAGAAUGGGUAAUGUAGUAUCGUAGCAUCAGCCUUUGUUAUUCGCUAGCCAUUUAUACACGGAUGGACUUGCCAAGUGAUACUUUGUUCUGGUUUCUUUUAGUACACUGGUCAAUUUUAUACCAAGCUUGCUUUUCUAUUAAUGUAGAAGCACUAACUAUAGAGAUCAAUUUUGUAGUAUAUUGUAAAAGCUAAAUUUGUUACAAAAUUUGUUGGCUACAGUCUAUGUACAAAAACCUUUUGCUUUUGUUCAGUUGUUCACUACUCCAUAAUCAGGAUGUGUGGGAGAACCGUGUUUGUAAGAGUCAGUCUUUGGUUCAUCCCACAGAAAACUUAUCAUUGCUUCAGUAUCUUUUACAGUCAGGGUUUAAACACUGACGUGUGAAUAUUUUGGGGAAUCGAUUGAUCAGUAGUAGAUAUUGAUAUACUGUUCAAUAAUAAUUUGCAACGUGUUAUCAAAUAAUGGUAUAGAGAUGAAUCAACACAGAUUUCUACAAAAUGCUUUAAAGUUGUCAAAAGAGAUACAGUGCUUUAUAAACAGUGUAUUAGAGAAAUUGGAAGUAUCACGUUUUCAACUUUAAAGACUUUUUAAUGCAUAGUUAUAAAUAAAUGUUCAGAGAUCAAUUUUGUUGGUUGUUAAUUUAUGAAGAAUGAUGCUGAGUGACAACAUUUGAAGAUGAGCAGUGCAGCCAUAUCGUGAAGGAUUCUGCGUGGAAGUUCCCUGUAUAACAUUUGUGUAUAAAAUAUGCUGUGUUAUUUUCAUACAUCUUCACUUCCGUGACAAUUUUUUAUCACGGUGAAGAUCUUUCUUCUGAAUGACAUUUGUUUUAGUUUCAAAAUAAAAAAAAUAAAAGAGA